CGCGUUCCCGCGCGCCCUCUCCGAUCGGCUCCGUGCCUGGUGAUAAACUCAUUUCUGUUUUUUACUGGUGAUUCCAUUAAAAUAAUCAGUAAAUCUUGUGGAAAAUGGCCUUCAGCGACCUUACAUCAAGGACUGUGCGCUUUUAUGAUAAUUUAAUCAAAGAUGCUGAUCCAAGAGUUGAAGACUGGCUCUUAAUGUCCUCACCUCUGCCACAAACCAUCAUCCUGGGACUCUAUGUCUAUUUUGUCACAUCUCUGGGACCAAAGCUCAUGGAGAAUCGAAAGCCCUUUGAACUCAAGAAAGCAAUGAUAACGUACAAUUUUUUCAUAGUACUCUUUUCUGUGUAUCUGUGUUAUGAGUUUGUGAUGUCUGGCUGGGGAACAGGUUAUUCAUUUCGAUGUGAUCUUGUUGACUAUUCACAGUCACCCAAAGCAAUGAGGAUGUUACGUGUCUGCUGGCUUUAUUACUUCUCCAAAUUUAUUGAGCUGUUAGACACUAUCUUUUUUGUUCUGCGUAAGAAAAGUAACCAAGUGACUUUCCUCCAUGUCUUCCAUCACACUAUCAUGCCAUGGACCUGGUGGUUUGGAGUCAAAUUCGCUGCAGGUGGUUUGGGGACAUUCCAUGCUCUCCUAAAUUCAGCUGUACAUGUGGUAAUGUACUGCUACUAUGGACUAUGUGCAAUGGGACCAUCCUACCAGAAAUAUUUGUGGUGGAAAAAAUAUUUGACAUCAUUACAGCUGAUCCAGUUUGUCAUUGUCACCAUCCAUAUAGGCCAGUUCUUCUUCAUGGAGGAUUGCAAGUAUUCGUUUCCAAUCUUCCAAUAUAUUAUCAUGAGUUAUGGGUGCAUCUUUCUGCUGCUCUUUCUCAAUUUUUGGUAUCGUGCUUAUACCAAGGGUCAGAGAUUGCCCAAAACUAUAAAAAAUGGAAAUUGUAAAAACAAACUUCACUAAAAUAUAAGCUAAACCUGAAUCUGUGAUUGAGAGCUAUAUCUUGUCUUCCUUGACAAUCAAGAGAUAUUUACCUACUCAGUACAUUUUUGUAUAUUUUUCAAAACCAAAAGCUUGUAUUUUCUAUGAUGAAUUAUUGGAGUUUCUGAUCUCUGAGAGCCUAAAGGUCCCAGCUACAUCUUCUGAUUACGAGAGCCAAGACUAACCAGAAGGUUUUCUGCUGCUUGUAAACCUUAUCAAAAUGUUUUAUGUCACACAUGUGCUACAAUGGAAGAAGGGUGUGAAGCAAUACAGUUCUCUUUGGGGAAGUCCAACAUAGAUGAAAAAUGCCAGACAUUUUGACCUUGGACAGAGAUCCCUGGGGUAUAACAGAUUCCUUCUGCUGAGCUGGAGACCUCUAACUGCAGGCUCUGGCUUUGUGACUUACUGAUUGUAUUCAGAAAAUUCUAUAUUUACUCUAGAAUUUAGUUCCCACUCAAAAGAGCUAACAGAGAUGAACAUUAAGCGGAUUUUUGAUAAGUUUUUGUUUAAAAAAGGCAUGUUGCCAUGGAUCUUUCAAGUAGUUGCUACCAAUUGUGCUGAUAAGACUUCCUUCCUUACCCUUUGGUUAUACAAACUUUAAAAGCAACAGUUCUCUCUCAGUGAGUACACUGGUGUCCUUGACAAAAUGGUCAACUUAACAUUAUUUUGAUGGGUUAAUGAACACCUUGCAAUUACUACUUUACAGUUAAUUUUAUAUAUUUCUAGAAACAGAUGAAGGUGUCAAUU